GGAGAACUUCCACAUCACUGUGGACUACAGGAACCAAGAGCCCUUUUUUGUGGUCUUGGUUGGCAAGCGGCUGCUUAACCAUGAGUUUGCUCAACAGUAUUUAACAGAGGGCGACAGACUUCACCAUCACGUUGCCCUUCUCUUCGCCGGACGCAGUGUUUGAGUCGGUUCACUCGUCGGCUGUCCGGAGCAGACUGGAUGUGGCUCUGUUGAAUCCUUACAACAACAUGACCAUCAAAUACUUUUCCCUGGCUUGCAGCUUCCUCAAAACGCUGACUGAGUGUUUCUCUAAUGGAACGAUGACUGCGCUGGCAGUGAAGGUGGAGUCUGCUCCCGGUCUGAACCCCGGUCAGCUGACCCUGAGCGACCCCGCCUGUGGUCCCACCUACAGUGACGAUCGCUUCGCCUACUUCCACUUCACUGUGAACUCCUGUGGCACCACCAGGAAGUUUAUCAACAAUGUCAUGCUGUAUGAGAACGAAAUCUCCUUGCCAGAUGAACUUGAGGUGAAGCUGAAUGCCACGACGUCUUCAGAGGAGGAAUAUCAGUUAAAGGUUUCCUGCUCCUAUGUGGCCAACAUCACUCGCACAUUGGCCUUCCUGACCAGGCCGCGUGACAACGAGCCUUUUGCCGAGACUGGGACGGGUCGACUAAUGGUCAGAAUGAGACUCGCUCAGGACGCCUCGUAUAACACAUUCCACCAGGAGGAGGACUAUCCAGUGGUGAGGUACCUGAGACAGCCUCUGCACUUUGAGGUGGAGCUGACCACGUCCUCUGAUCCCAAGGUAGCGCUGGUGCUUGACCACUGCUGGGCCACCCUCAACGAGGACCGCGACUCCCGACCCCGGUGGAAUCUCAUCAUUAAUGGCUGUGAGAACCCAGAGGAUCCAUACCGUGUGGUCUUCCACCCGGUAGAAGCUGACGCCAGGGUCCGCUUCCCCCCUCACGUCAAACGCUUUGAGGCCUAUAUGUUUUCCUUCGCCGGUGAUGCGGUUGAGCAGAGUGGCCAGGUCUUUGUCCAUUGUGAUGUGGUCAUCUGUGAUGCCAGUAGUCCCACUGGCGGCCCCUGUAGUGGACAAUGUGUGAAUCAGGACAACCUGAAAAGAGGUCAACGACAUGUCAAAGACUUCUUUGAGGAGCGUCAUGUAUAUGUUUCUUCUGGAUACAUUCUUUGGGUGUAAUGUAUUGUUCUAACAUGUCAAAUAAAGUGUUCUAUAUAAAACAAUCCUAA